AUGACACCAGGCGAGCCGGCGGAGCACCGCCAUGAAUUCCACCACCACAACGGCCGCGAAGUGGAAGACGAUGCUGUGCAGCAGCAGCAACAUCAAUGGCUGCAGCAGCAACAACAGCAUGAACCAGUACAACAGCAGCAGCCGGAUGAUAUGCAGAAGGGUGGUGGUAGAGGCGGCAGGCUGCGUGGCUCAAACAUCCCCUCGGAGGACCCAGCCAUACGCCAGCAGAUCCUCAAAUACCGAGAACGAGAACGCCAGAAGCAGCAGCAACAGGAACCACAACGGGCUCAACAGCAACGCGCAGGCAAGCACCGGGCAACGCAACCCCGCAAAGAGAAAGCAGCAAGUCGGCAAGGCAAGGACGAGGUUGUGUCCGGCGUUGCUCCAGGAAACGAAGAUCCAUUCGACAGCAAAGCGCUCAGGCGCAUCAGCAGCAGCAACAAUUGCAGCAGCAUGAAAAGAAGAGCAACCUGCAGCAGCAGGAAGCAGUGGCAGCGGCAGCAGCCUCGUAGCGAAAGUGGCGGUGAUGGUGAUGGCAGCCAUUUGGAUACUGCGGAAUUGGGCAUUGUCAGAUGUUUGUUCAAGAGCUCAAGUGACAGUGCGGUCAUGCGCAGCGGAGGGUCGUACUCAACGACAAAGGAUGCAAGAGGAAAGCAGGAACAGCGGUACCAACAAGGCGCCGCGCUCACACGCACGCUCACAGGGUUUGGGGUGUCGUGGCAGCCAGCCGCCAAGAUAAUGGGCACGCAGCAUGAGGAAACAAGGAGCAAGCACCGAUAG